AUCGAAGAUGACGGAAGUGAAACGUCGGGGAUCGAAUCCCCCACCCGGGCACUACUUGUGCGGCAUGGCCAACUGGCAUCCGGCCUGGCUGCAGAAGUAUGCCACCACCAAGAUGUUCAUGGGCGUCUACGGACUACUCGGCACAAUUCAGGCCAUGUCCUACAUGUACUUCAUUGUCACCCUCACCACGCUGGAAAAGCGCUUCAAGAUUCCCAGUCAAACGACAGGAAUUAUUCUUAGCGGAAAUGAAAUCUCUCAAAUCCUGCUGUCCCUCAUCCUGUCCUAUAUCGGUGGUCAGCGGAACCGACCUCGUUGGAUAGCCUGGGGCAUUGUCUUCUGUGGUCUGUCUUGCUACAUCCUCGUCCUGCCUCACUUUAUCUACGGAGCUGGUCACGAGGUUCUGCAGUUCACCAAGGAGUACCAGGAGAGCCUCCUAAAUGGCACCUCUAAUGAUGGUCAGACCCUGGUGAAUAUCAGUGUUGUGCAGACGGAGAAACUCUGUGGAACGGGUAAUAAGGAGGACGAGUGCAAUGAUGUCUUUUCCUACGUGCCACUGGUGCUCAUCUUUGUCUCACAGUUUGUGCUGGGCGUGGGCAACACCAUGUACUACUCCCUGGGACAGACCUAUCUCGAUGAUAAUACCAAGAAGACAAACACUCCCCUGAUGCUGGCGGUGGCCAUGGCACUGAGGAUGGUUGGUCCAAUCGUGGGAUUCUUCUUUGGGUUUUUGUCGCUAAACACCUUCAUUGAUCCCACCAAAACUCCUUUGAUCGACAGAAAGGAUCCUCGCUGGCUGGGAGCCUGGUGGCUAGGUUGGGUGAUUCUGGGCACCCUGAUGUGUCUUUUCUCAGGACUCAUCGGUCUGUUCCCCAAACAGCUGCCUAAGGUCAAUGACGGGCCAAGAACCAACUCUCAUUUGCCAUUGGCACUGCGACAGACGAAGGAGGAGCUCAAACGGGAGGAGAAUCUCUCCCUGAGCAGCCGUUUCUCUUCGAACGCAGCUUUGGAUACCAUUGGAGCAGCAGCGGGGGCAAAUGCUGAGCUCCCAAAGCUUAAGGACUUCCCACGCGCUCUCAUGCGAUUGCUACGCAACAAGCUGCUCAUUUUCAACAUCCUCUCGGCGGUCUUCUAUAUCCUAGGAGCUUCCGGCUUUAUGACCUUCCUCACCAAAUACAUGGAGGUGCAGUUCCAUAAGGACCCUCAAAGUGCCACUAUUAUCGUUGGUCCCAUUUCCAUCCUCGGCAUGGUCGUGGGUCUGAUUGGCUCCGGUGUGGUGCUGUCCAAGAAGAAGCCCCAUGUGAGCAAGGUGCUGAUGUGGAACGUGAUUGUUGGUGGAGUUUCUAUUUUGGGACAAAUCUCAUACGCCUUCCUCUACUGCCCGGACACCUUCUCCAUGACCCAUGUGGGACAACUGAACCUGACGAGUUCCUGCAACAUGAACUGCUCUUGUGAGGGCAUCAGUUACACACCCGUCUGCCACGAGCCAACGGACACCACCUUCUUCUCAGCCUGCCAUGCCGGAUGCCGAGGUUACAAUGCCACCUCUAAGUUGUAUGAGGACUGCAGCUGUCUUGCUUAUGACACUCCCCCCAAGAGUGCAGCCCAACGCCUGCUGAAUCUUUUGCAACCCACUCCAGAACCAGAACUGGAUAGCACUACUGACUUUGAUGGCUUUUAUGGAGUGCCCCUCCUAAAUGAUCAGGAUGAGGAUGAUUUCGAGGAGAAGUUGCUAUCGAGAACCAGGAGAUCCACUCCCGAUUCGGUGCUACGGCCGGGAAUUUGUACGAAGAACUGCAACUGGGCCUUUUGGGCCUUUUCAAUCACCUCGAUGAUCGUUAGCUGGUUUGGCUCGUCCGGUCGAGUGGGCAACGUUUUGGUCAACUAUCGAGCUGUGGCCUUCGAGGACAAGUCCUUUGCCCAGGGUCUGGCUUUGAUGAUGAUUAGCUUGCUGGCUCUGAUACCGGGUCCCAUCAUUUUCGGCCGGCUUAUCGACUCCACGUGCCUAGUGUGGACGAAGACCUGCAACGGCAAUGGCAACUGCCAGCUUUACGAUCAGACUCGAUUCCGAUAUUACCUCAACUUUUUGUCUUGUAUUCUCACCUUUAUGGGACUAUUCUUUGACUAUCUAGUUUGGUACUACGGACGGACUCUGGACAUUUAUGGCAUGAAGGAAAUCAAGGAAGAGGAGCGAGCCAACAGAAGGGACCAACCUAUCACACCACUCCUGGCAAAGAAAACAGACCAGGAAUAAUACUAAAAGGCUAUCCCAUCCGUGAUACUCAAUUAUAAGGAGUAGAUUCGUACAAUACACACUACAGAUUCAUUCCUAGGACUAAGUUCCUGUAAAGAUUGUAAAGAGACAAAGAUCGGGCGAAGCCAAUAAUCCAAAGCCAUAUGUACAAACUUUCCAGCUAUAUGAUAGGAUCUUCGGUGUUGGACUUCCACUAUCCAAUGUCGUAUUCCAAUGUACAAUUGUUAAUUAUUUUUAUUACGUCCUAAGUUCAAGUUACUGUACCAAGUCUAGUUUAAUAAAGAAAACUAAAAGAAUUUAUUUGUACGUAUGUAUAUAAAUAAAAUUGUUUGAAAUUA